AGUUAUGUGAAGGACCAGCUAGAAGAACACAGAAAAUCAGAUGCGGAACAGUAUCUUAAGAAUCUCUAUGAUCUAUAUACAAGAACUACUAAUCUGUCAAGCAAAUUGAUGGAAUUUAACUUGGGUACUGAUAAGCAGACUUUCUUGUCUAAGCUUAUCAAAUCCAUUUUCAUUUCCUACUUGGAGAAUUACAUUGAGGUGGAAAUUGGUUAUUUGAAAAGUAGGAGUGCUAUGAUUCUGCAACGCUAUUAUGAUUCCAAAAACCACCAGAAGAGGUCCAUUGGCACUGGCGGUAUUCAAGACCUCAAAGAGAGAAUAAGGCAAUGUACAAACUUACCGUUGGGGCCAAGUAUUGACACACAUGGAGAAACUUUUCUGUCGCAAGAAGUGGUGGUUAACCUUUUGCAAGAAACUAAACAAGCUUUUGAAAGAUGUCACAGGCUCUCGGAUCCAUCUGACUUACCGAAGAAUGCUUUCAGAAUUUUUUCUAUGCUUGUAGAGUUCUUAUGUACUGAACACAUCGAUUAUGCAUUAGAAACAGGCCUUGCUGGCAUUCCCUCUUCUGAUUCAAAGAACGCAAAUCUUUAUUUCUUGGAUGUUGUCCACCAGGCCAAUACUAUUUUCCAUUUGUUUGACAAGCAGUUCAAUGAUCAUCUGAUGCCACUGAUCAGUUCUUCUCCUAAAUUAUCUGAAUGCCUUCAGAAGAAAAAGGAUAUCAUAGAACAAAUGGAAGUGAAGCUGGAUAUGGGCAUUGAUAGGACACUGAAUUGUAUGAUUGGACAGAUGAAGCACAUCUUGGCUGCAGAGCAAAAGAAGACAGAUUUUAAACCAGAAGAUGAAAACAAUGUUUUGAUUCAAUAUACUAAUGCUUGUGUUAAAGUCUGUGGCUAUGUUAGAAAGCAAGUGGAGAAGGUCAGAAAUUCUAUGGAUGGUAAAAAUGUCGACACAGUUUUGAUGGAGCUUGGAGUUCGUUUUCAUCGGCUUAUCUAUGAACACCUGCAGCAAUACUCCUACAGUUGCAUGGGAGGCAUGUUAGCUAUUUGUGACGUGGCUGAAUAUAGGAAGUGUGCCAAAGACUUCAAGAUUGCACUGGUGUUACAACUCUUUGAUACCUUGCAUGCACUUUGCAAUCUUCUGGUUGUAGCCCCGGAUAAUUUAAAGCAAGUUUGCUCAGGAGAACAACUUGCUAAUCUGGACAAGAACAUCCUUCACUCCUUUGUUCAGCUGCGUGUUGAUUAUAGGUCUGCUCGUCUUGCUCGUCACUUCAGCUGAGAGCACGGAAAGAAAUGAUGUACCUUUGGGCAGGCCUCAGUUGUUAGAAAGCACAGGGAACGAUUUCUUACCAAACCAUGGUUGUAACUUUUGUGGGAUGAUGACUGUUCAGAAUAAAGCAGCAGCAGCCAUAUUUAAACGUGACUAUGUAGAAGGCGAGCAGGUAAAAAUCUGAAUGAAAUUUCAUGUAAGCUAAAGUUCUCCCAGUGAAGAAUUUUGCAAAAUACACUUGCUACUGAUUUUUUUUUUUGUUGGAAACAUGUUGGUGUAGGAAAGCAAGUGGUGCAUUGAAAGUAUUUUAGUCUUCAAUAUUGAAUUAUCAGAUACCAUUUGUUAGACUUGAACUACAGAGCAUAGCGUAGGUAAUGGAUUACAUAGACUAGACCAGUGUAAAAACAUUCUUCAUCAAUUUUAAUGACUUAGACUUCAGCACAGCUAAUCAUAAUCAAAUUAUCUUUGAUUGGUGUUUCUAAGUCAUUUCUUUCAUUUAAAACGUUAUCCUGCUCAAUGUAAUUUCUUGCUCUAAUUAAUUAGCUUGGAAUUUCUUUGAGAUGUAGGAGUAAAGGCAACACUAUCCCAGAAAGAUGUAAUUUAUUCAUUGUGUAGCAUUCUAAACGGAACUAAAGUGGUGAAAAGUUUUGGGGUUUUUUUUUUGGUUCUCUGGCUUUGGUUUGGGUUUGUUUUUUUUUGUACCUAAUAGUCAAGGGCCCACCGGAACACAUUGGCAUUGUAUGGUCUAGCGUUGUUGUUUCUGUUUGAUACUGGCACACUGAAUUUUAUAUAUGCUCCUAAAGUAAAUGCAGCUGCCUUGCCUAAGGCGUUCUUAUUACGAGGUGAAGGUGCCCAUUGUUGGGUUAAUAUAAAAGAAUUUUGUUCUGUCUCUUGUUUUGUAUGUAAAUAAAUUCAAAUUGUAAUGCAGUGAAGGGAUAAAAUGUACCCCAGUUUUUCAUACGUGGGAGGAAUGGACAGGGGCUCUAGCAGUAACCUAGAGUUGAAAAUUCCUGUGCUGAAGAUGAUUGAUCCUCAGUGGCUGAGCAGCAUAAAAUGUUGAAGUGUGCAAAAGCUUCUCUUCACUGACCAUAACUUUAAUAUUGGAGACAGGCUACUCUUGUGUCCGUUACGCUCCAGGAUUUAUUCAAGGUGUUUCUGAGGUGGACCCGUAGUGUGCAUAUAGUGAAUUGAAGCAACACAAUGUUUGGAACAUCUGGGGUAGCUUUUCCACAAGCAGCUGAAAACUGUUGUAAAUAGACCUGUUUGUUCAGAGUGAGCUCUUGUGGAAAACAGGUUGGAACUGCUGUGGUUUGUGUCUUCAGUCUGACUUACAUCAUCCCUGAACAAAUCAUCUGUAACACUUUAUUUCUGCUGUGGGCUCAGCGUAUGUUCUGGAAGCUUCUUUCUCUCCCAUCUUCAGAGCAGCAUUUCUAUACAUUUACUUUAUGGGUUGGCCAAAUAGAAUUAUUUUCCUCUUUUGUUAAUGAAUUCCCAGGUGUAGUCAAUGUUGACAGACUUGUGUGGAACUUCUCUUGGUCAGUUGAGGUUCUCCUGCUUCAUUUUAUAUUUAGCAGAGCAUUACAUCAGUAAACAAGAGAAGAGAUGCCAGACUGUGUCAAAGUAUUGGGGGAGACUGGCUGCUUGGAGCUGUGUAGCUCUAUUCCUUGGCCAUGGCAAAGCCACAGAGUUUUGGACGCUGGAGGAGGCACGUGCUUGUACUGCUGCCAUUUUUUUUCAAAAGCUCUGAUGUGAAUUCAGAUUAUACCUCUCUGUUACCUCUGUAACUGAAAGCCAACAAUUUUAAGGCUGUGGUUUUAUUAACCAAUACAAAAUCUUUCUACAAAAAAAGGUGUCAAUUUGUAAACACUUCAGAACAGUGAAAGUCAUCUUAAGAUUGCAGAUCACAGAAGUGCUUCAGAACUUGUUGUAUGAUUGUUUGAAUUAUUUUAAGGUUGUAUGAAAUGUAUUUACCAUAUUUCUUGCUUUAUUAGCUGUGUUUUCCAUGCAUAUGCGCAGUGCAAUAUUUUCAUUAUGCCUGUUAACAGGAGGCAGCAAGAAGUAGGUGAAAACUUAAACUUAGAUAUGUAAACUCUUCCUCAAUAAAAAUAAUUCCCUCCAGACACUUUUUUCAUUUCAUUUCCAUGUUCUUCAAAUAUCUUUCUACUCAAUUGUAUAAGCCCUUCUACUUCAAAAGAAAAAAAAAAAAAAAGAAUAAAAGUAAUUUUACUGAC